UUAUCCGUAAUACACUUCCUGAGUCGUGGAAAGAUCGUCGACAAGAGUUAUCUCGAGCGUUGUCCAUCCUGUUCACGGUUCGAAAGGACCCCAUGAAACCAUAUCGGCCUACUGCUGGUCUCGGACUCUAUUCGUCUACGACAGGUGAUGAAGUCCUUGAAGUUGAGUACUACAUUGAAUAUACAGAACCAACAUAUCGAUAUGUACAACCUGCAAGAUCCAUGAAAGCGGUGUACUUAGUGGCUCCACGAAGAAAUCGCGUUCUCUAUUGGUGAAGCUAUUUUUUCUGUUUGAAACGACAAAAUCUCUUGCAUUCUAUCUUGCAGAGUAUUAUUCAUCAAGCUUUUGUUUGCUCUCUGAACUGUGAAAACGUUUGGUUAUAUUUUACUUUGAUUUCCAUCUUCCUGCACGAAUACACAAAAGGAACUAUAUAGCUAAUACACCUAGC